UAAGUCUUUUUAUAUUUUGAGGCGUCAACAAAGACGAAGCAAUUUCUUGAGAAAAAAAAAUGGGACAAGUGCAGAGCGAAGCCAUUGAUAAUCAAUCGAAAUCUACAUCUGUUGAUGAUUCUCAGCCGCGUUCUCUCGAUUCUUUGAUUGCUGAAGCUGCAGCAUAUGGUGAAGACGGUGAGAAUGAGUCCAUUGACGAGAAAGCUCGGAAAGCUCUAGAAUGUCCUUGCAUUGCUCAUUUGCGCGCUGGCCCUUGCGGCAACCAGUUCUCAGACGCUUUCCUCUGUUUCCUCAAGAGCACAGCUGAAGAAAAGGGCUCUGACUGCGUUAGUCCCUUUGUCGCUCUUCAAAGCUGCAUCAAGGCAAAUCCUAAUGCAUUUUCAAAGGACGUCCUGGACGAGGAAGAUGAUGUCAGGAAACAAGAUGAAGUCAAGACGGAAGAAACACAAAAACAAGAAUAUAGAAUCAUCCCUCCUAUUUGGUCUGUAGAAUCAAAGAAUACUAAGCGUACUAAGCUCUAGAAGACUGAUCAUUAACCUUCGUUUAUUUGUUCUUCCAUUCUUGGAAGCCCUGGCCUGGUAGUACAAUACCAAUUACUACUACAGUAACUAGCAGAGUACUGCCAGAAAAAUCUUUUCCCUUCUGAUCUGCAUGAUCAAAACUUUUUAAGUUCAUUAGCAUGGAACUAUAGACACUAGACCAAAGCUUCUAGUAAAAGCUUAGAUUGAUUCAAAUUUUCAUGUUAUUACCUACUUUUCAGUGUUUUGGUUAUUUCAUGGAAAAUUUCACUCUAA